AUGAAUAAAUUUUUCCAAAUAUUAGAAUAUUUUAAAAUUGAAUUGUCUAUUGAUUUUAGUAUAACGUUUAUAUUUAUAAAUAUAUUAAUAGUUUUCUUCUCUACAUUUUUAUAUAGAAAUAUUAAAAAGGUUAAUGAUCAAGAUUCGUACAAAACUUCAUACGAAAGAAAAGAGAAAGAUUCAACUUUUGAUGAGGAAGAAAAUUUUGAUAUUCUCAAUAUAUUCUCAAGCGAUCCAAAAUGUGUAGAAAAUAUUUACGAAUUAGAAAAUGAUAUAUAUAAUAAGAGUGAAGAAAGUAGUAUCUGUAGUAAUAAUAACAAAGACCUUGAUGAAAAGACUUAUAAAAUAAAUAAAAAAAAAGUUACAAUAUAUUUAAAAUUAAAUGAAGGUUUAGAAAAUAUUAAACAAGAAUUACAUAUUAUAGAUAGAGAACUAAAAAAUAUUUUAGAGAAAGAAGAAAAUCUACAACUUAUAAAUGGAGAAGAAAAUAUAAUAAUUGAAAAAACAAAGAAUGAAGAAUAUGAUGAUGAAAAGGAAAAUAAAUCAAAUGAUAUCUUUGUAAGUCAGAAAUAUGAUGAUAUUACCAACAAAUCUGAUAGAAAAAAUACGUUAGAUAGUAAACUUAAAAAAUGUCAACUAUAUAUGGAUGAAGAUAAAAAAUUAUUAGAAAAUCAUCAUAAUAAUGAUAAUAAACAGGAGCAUAAUCAUAUUUGUGAAAAUGAAAAAAUGGAGUACAAUAAUUAUAAUAGUAAACAUAAGAAUCAUAAUCAUAUUUUUAAUUACAACUAUGAAGAUACGUCAUUAGAAAAAGAUAAAAAUAUCCAUCAAACAAGUGAAAUAAUAAAAAAUGAUACAUUAUAUAAUAAUUUGGAUAGUUUAAAAAAUAAUCAACCUAUAGAAGAAAAAAUAAAAAAUUUUAAUUAUAAUGAAACCAACAUUUAUGAAGAAAAUAAAAAUUUUAAAGAUAAUAUUGUUAACUCAAAAAAUGCAGAAAAAUUUAUAUUGAAAAAUAACGAACAAAAUAUUAAUAAUAAUAUCAUUGAUGUUAAUCAAAAACAAAGUUGUGAUCAUAUAAAGGAAUCAUUUAAAAUGGAUACAAAAAAAAAUGACACAAAAAAAAAUGAUACAAAAAAAAAUGAUACAAAAAUAAAUGAUACGAAUGAAAAAGAUGAUACGAGUGAAAAAAAUCAAAAAAAUGAUACGAAUGAACAAUUUAUUAUCCCUAAAAAAACUAAUGAACUAUCUAAUGAUUCCAUAAAUAUUAAUAUAUCCAAUAAUCAGAAUCAAAAACUAUCAAAUGAAUUCGUAGAAGAUGUAAAAAUAAUUUUACCUCAUUCUAAUAAUAGUUUAGACAACUCUAUAACUUCUAUUAAAAAUAUAGACGAUGCUUCCAAUAUUAUGAAACAAGAGUUACAAAAUAGUGAUUAUGAAAAUAUGCACACAAAUAAAAGUAUUGAAAAUGAAAAAGAAAAUUUUAUAUGUGAUACUACAUCUAAUACAAAUAUAACAAAGAAUUCUAUAGACAUUCCUAAUCUAAUGGAUAGAAAAAAAAGUGAAUAUGAUCAGGAGGUGGAUAAUAUAAGUAAAAAAAAAAAAAGUUACAUAAAUAAUAAUACGCAAAAGGAAAAUACAAAGGAAGAUGUUUCUAACAAUAUGGAUUAUAUAAACAAGCGUAAGAGCGACUCUGAUGAUAUAGAAAAUGAGAAUAAAAUAGAAAGCUCUACAAAUAUUUUAGAUUUGUUAGAUAAAAGAGAAACUGUUAUUAAAAUAUAUGAUAAUAACAAAGAUAAUAAACAUACUAAUGGUAUUAAAUGUGAGGAUAAAAUGAAAAGUACUUCUAUUCAUAUGGAAGAUAUAAACAACAGUAAAAAUUAUCUUAAUAAUAAAGAAUAUAAUAGUAAAGGGGAAAACAGUCACAAUAUUUUAGGUGGUGAUAAAAGAGAAAGUACUUUUAAAAUAUAUGAUAUACAAAAAAGUGAGUAUCAUUCGAAUGAUUUACAAUAUGAGAAUAAAAGGGAAAAAAAUUCUAUCAAUAUAGACAACAUGAAUAAAAGUGAUGUAGACAUUAAUUACAUAAAUGUUGAGAAAACAAAGGAAAGAGCGUCUAUCAAUAUAGACAAUAUGAAUACAAAUGAUGUUGACAUUAAUUAUAUAAAUGUUGAGAAAAAAAAGGAAAGAACGUCUAUCAAUAUAGACAACAUGAAUAAAAGUGAUAUGGAUAUUAAGAAUUAUAUAAAUAUGGAGGAUACAAAAGAAAGAACUUCUAUUCAUCUAGACAAUAUGAAUACAAAUGAUGUUGAUAUUAAGCAUUAUAUAAAUGUUGAGAAAACAAAAGAAAGAACUUCUAUCAAUAUAGACAACAUUAAUAAAAGUGAUAUGGAUAUUAAGAAUUAUAUAAAUAUGGAGGAUACAAAAGAAAGAACUUCUAUCAAUAUAGACAACAUUAAUAAAAGUGAUAUUGAUACUAAUUAUAUAAAUAUUGAAAAAACAAAGGAAAGAUAUUCCCAUAUUUUAAACACUAAUAAAAGAGAAAGUAUUAUUAAAAUUAAUGAUAUCAAAAAAGCUAAGAGCGAUUCUAACGAUAUAAAAAACAAUGAUAAUAUAAAAGAGAUGUAUUCUAACAUUUUUGAGAUUAAUGAGAUCGAAAGAAAAUCUAAUAAAAUAGAAAAUAUAGAAAAAAUAAAAAUUCUUACUAAUAAUAUUGAAUAUGAUAAUAAAAGGGAAAGUAAUUGUAUUGAUAUAGACAAUAUUAAAAAAACUAAGAGCGAUUCUAAUGAUAUAAAAAACAAUGAUAAUAAAAAGGAGAUGUAUUCUAAUAUUUUUGAGAUUAAUGAAAUAGAAAGAACAUCUAAUAAAUUGGACAAUGUGAAAGAAAAUAAAAGUGAUAGUAAUGAUAUAGAGAAUUGUAAUAAAAUAGAAAGGCAUUCUAACAUUUUAGAUAUGAAUCCAACCGAAUUUGAUCCCAUAAAAAUAAAUGAUAUUAAUAAAAAAGGAGGAAAAUACUAUGACAAUAUAGAAAAUGAAGACAAAAGAGAAAUGUAUACUAAUAAUGACGAAGAUAUAGAUAAAAGAGAAAGUAAUACUAACCAUAUUUAUAUAAAUAAAAAGGAAAGUUAUUUGAAAAACGUAAAAGAUGUUAAUAAAAAGGAAAAUUAUCUUAACAAUUUUGAAGGCACGAAAAAAGAGGAGAGUUAUACUAAGAAUAGAGAAAGUGAGGACAAUGCAGAAUAUCAAUCAAACGAAGAAGGAUAUGUAAAUAAAAUGGAAGUGGAUUAUAAUGAUAUAGAAAAUAUUAGUAAGAGAAAAUAUGAUUAUAAAGAAAGGGAAUAUUUAAAUAAAGGAGAAAAAUACAUUAACAAUAUAGAUAAUGUUAGUAUAAAGGAGAAUUAUUAUAAUAAGAAAGAAAAAGAGAGUAUUGAAAUAAGUAAUUUAAAUAAACGAGAAAGUUACUCUAGUAAUAUAGACAAUUCUAGAACCAGAGAAAAUCAAUAUAACAUGGUAGAAACUGAGAAUAAAAGAAAAAGCGACAAUAUUGAAAUAAAUAAUUUGAAUAAAGAAGAAAUUUAUAUUAACAGUAUAAAAAAUGUUAGUAAAAGAAAUAGUUCUUAUAAUAAGAAGGAAAGUGAUAGUAAAAGAGAAAGAGACAAAGUAUAUGAUGAGAAUAAAAGGAAAAACAGUGCAUAUCAAAUGAAUGAUAUAUUAUAUAAUAUAAGAGAUAAAAAAAAAGAGACAAUUGACAUAGACACUAUUCAUGAUAUGAAUAAAAGGAAAAGUUAUAUAGAUAAUAUACAUAUUACAAAUAAAAAAUAUAGUGAUACGAGUAAUGCAGAAGAUAUUAUAAAAGAAAAAAAAUAUGAAGACUAUAAUAUAAGCCUUAUGUAUAAUAUGCAUAAUAAGAGAGAUCAAAGAAAGGACAGUUAUAUUAAUACAUAUAAUGAUAAUAAUAUGAGACGAAGUAUUAUUAAUAAGAUUAAUGAUGUGAACAUUAUUAAUAAUAUAAAAAAUGAAAUCAAAAAUGUUGAUAAUAAUAAUAUGGAUAAAACAAAUGUGGAUAAAAUAAAUAUGGAUAAAAGCUAUAUGGAUAAUGAAUAUAUGACAGAUAAUAUAAUUAAAAAAAAUGAGAAAUAUAAAUAUAAAUAUAAUAAUGAUAGUGAUGAUGUUGAAUGUGUAAAUGAAAGAAAAGGUACAUCUCUUAUUAACGGACAUUAUUCGUAUAAAAAAAAAAGUGAUAUAUAUAAAAUAAAGGAUAUAAAUAAAGAUGAGAAUGAUAUAUUAUAUAAUGUAUAUAAUAAUAAUGAAAAAAAAAAAAAAAAAAGUACUUUAUAUGGAAAGCCUGAAAUUUUUAUCCAAGAUGGAAAUGAUAAUCCUAAUAAUAUGAGUGAACAUAUAAGUAGUUUAAAUAAAGUGUAUCGUAUUAAUAAUAAAAAAAGUAAUAAUAAUUAUAAAGGACAAGAUUAUACAUAUAUAGUAAAUGCAAAAAAUGGAAGAAAUAGUUCUAUGCAUAAUAAUAUAAAUAAAAAAGAGUGUGAUUUUAUUAAUGAUAAAGAAAGUAUAAAUAAACGAAUAAGUGAAAUAUAUGACUUACGUCAAAUAAAUAAGAGUGAAAGUAAUAUAGAUAACAUGGAACAUAUAAAAAAUAUAGAAAGUAUAAAAAAUAUAGAAAAUAUAAAAAAUAUAGAAAGUAUAAAUAACAUGGAACAUACAAAUAACAUAGAAAAUAUAAAUAAUAUGGAACAUACAUAUAACAUAGAAAAUAUAAAAAAUAUAAAUAACAUGGAAAAUACAUAUAACAUAGAAAAUAUAAAUAACAUGGAACGUACAAAUAACAUAGAAAAUAUAAAUAAUAUGGAACAUACAUAUAACAUAGAAAAUAUAAAUAACAUGGAACGUACAAAUAGCAUAGAAAAUAUAAAUAACACAAAUAGCUUAAUGGCAAAUUCUGAUAAUAUAAAUGAAAACAUAAAAAAACAAAGUGAUAUUUAUAAAAAUGAAUGUGAUGAUGAUUAUAUGUGUGAUGUAAAUAAAAUUAAAGGUGCAGAUAAACAAAUGAGUGACCCCCAUAAAAUUAAAUAUGAUGAUAAGGAAAAAAAUAAUGAGAAUAAAAGGAAGAGUGGUAUAAAUAAAGUUUUUGAUAUUAUUAAAAGAACAAUGGAUUCUUAUAAUAUUUAUAAUUUAAGCAAAUGUAAAAUUGAUGAAGACAACAUAUAUAUGUUGAAUGAGAAAAAAAAGAACAAUAUUCAUAAUAUGAAUAAAAGGAAAAGUGAAAAUAUAUAUAAUUUAAAUGAAAGAGAAAAGGAUGAUAUGAAUAGAAGAAUGACUGAAAAUACAUAUAAUUUGAAUAAAGAUAAAAAUUUAAAUGUACAUAAUAUUAAAAAUAUACAACCAUACAAUAUAAAUAAUAAUAUAUAUGAAACAACCAAUGAUACAAUCGAUAAUUUAAAUGAAACAGGAAAAAAAAAUAUGAAUGAUAUGAAUAUAAAAGUAAGUGAUAAGCAUAAAGAAUAUGAAAUAUGUGAUAAAGAGAAUAAAGAUAAUAUAAGUAUGAUAAUGAAAGGUACAAGGAAUAUAUCUAAUAUAAGUGAUAAUAUGGAAAUUGUUAUUAAUAAGGAAGAAAAAAAUGUAGAUAAAAUGAAUAGAAAAAUAACAUAUACAAAUAAUUUAUAUAAUAUAAAUGAAAGAAAAUCUGAAUAUAGUAUUAAUAUAAAUGAACAAGAAGAAAAGAGUAAUUUUAUAAAUAAUAAUAAUGUAAGAAUGGAUAAUGAAUAUAAAGUAUAUAAUUCUAACGAAAGAAAUAAUUAUAGAGAUAAAGAAAAUAAAAAAAAUGACAUUAAGUAUGAUGAUUUUAAAAAGGUUGACAUAAGAAAAAAUGUAGAAAUUAUGAAAAAUAUAGAAAAUAUGAAUAAUAUGAAAAAUAUAGAAAAUAUAGAAAAUAUGGAUAAUAUGAAAAAUAUAGAAAAUAUGAAUAAUAUGAAAAAUAUAGAAAAUAUGGAUAAUAUGAAAAAUAUAGAAGAUAUGUAUAAUAUAGAAAAUAUGGAUAAUAUAAAUAAGGAUAAUAAAAUUUAUGAUGUUAAUAUUAUUCAUAAUAAAAAUGAUAAUAAUACAUAUAAUGUACUAUAUGAAAAAGACAAUAUAAAAGAAAAUAAAAAUAUAUGCAAUGAUAAAUUAGAUAAUUCAAAUAAUGAAAAAACUAAAUAUAUGAAAACGUUAAGAGAAUAUUUUGUUAAGAGUGAAGAAGAAAUAGAAGAUCAAAAAAAAAAAAAUAUGAAUGAUAUGUAUACAAAAAUAGAAGAAGAAAAAAUAAAAGACUAUGAAGAUUGGAAAUCAUAUGAUUUUAAAAACCUUAAGGAAAAAUAUAAAUUUCAAAUGAAUAUGAAAGAUAGUGAAAUGAAUCAAUUACAAAAUAAUUUAAUAGAUGAAUUUAAAGAAUUAAAUGAAGUAUCCAAAUUAAAAAAUAACAUAAAAGGAAAAAUGUAUAAUUCUAAUAUAGGAGAAGAAAUGUUGGAAGGAAAUAAGGAAAGAGAAUAUGAAAAUUAUGUAGGUGAAUAUUUUGAUAGGAAUGAUAUGAAUUUAAAAGAGCGCAUAUUUGAAUAUGCCAAACACAAGACAAGCAUAGAUAUAUUAAAGCAUUCCAAUGAUAUAAAAAGAAACUCGAACGACCUGAAAAAGUGGAAAUCUCAGGUCAUAACUAAAAAAUACGCAGAUGACUGGCUCUCAUCAGACGUCCUGUUAUCUUGUUUUUUAAAUUUUAUAAAAUUAAAAAAAUAUGUUAAUAUAACAGAAUUAUCAGUGAAAUUUCAAACUACCACAGACGAUAUCCGAGAAAAGCUGGAGGAACUUGAAGAACAAGAUAUGAUAAAUGGGGUGUUAGAUGAAAAAGGAAAUUAUAUUUAUUUAUCACAAGAAGAAAUUAAUAAAUUAUGUUUUGAAAUUCAGUCCAAAGGAAAAGUAAAUACGCAUGAUGAUUUUGUAAAAAUUUGCAACAAGGUCAUAUCGUUAAGUGUUAAUGAUAAGGAUAUGGAAAAGUUAAAGGAAGAAGAAGAAAAAAUAAUUAAAGCUAAAACAGAAAUAUUUUAA